AUCCGAAUAAAGGCAUUUGUGAGAACGCACCACUGUUUGUCGUUGGUAGACCUCUGAACAGCCUGAGGGUCUCCGGUGCUAACUAAAAGCUACAGCCGCAAUGGCAGACGCUCUAGCUAAAAUCCCCGUUGUAGAGAUUGAUCCAGAAGGAACAUUUAAGUACAUACUGGUCCGAGUGAAAGUGAAAGAUGGCGAUGUGCAUAAAGACAUAGUCCGAGGCACAAAAAGUGCAGAGUAUCACAAUCAUAUAUUUGAGAAGGUCAGUCCAGCUAUGGAGGCCAUGGGAAUGGAGUGUAAAUGCCUUGGAGGAGGGAAGAUAGAGCACAACAGCCAAGAGAAAAAACUAAGGGUGUUUGGAGAAUCAACUGCGUUUGGUAAAGCAGACCAUUCUGUGUCUGUUGAGAAGUUGAAGAGUGCCUUCAGCGACUAUGAGAUCACCUGGUCUGACGACAAAAAAUAAAUGUGAACCCGCAUCUCAUCUCUAA